AUCAAAAGGGGAGGAGUUAGCAUGAGCCACUAGCUGUUUAUGGGGAGGAGAGAGCCGUUAAGCGGCUGUUAUCUGCCAGUACCAGUUGGUGAGUGCGUAUGUCUGUCGACGCUCUAGUCAAGUAGCUAGUCAAGUUAGUGAGCACUGCCCAGGGACUGAUUGGGGCUUGUGCAGCCAAAUAAGGGGUAUUACAGUGCCAUUUCCAGAAGGAGAUCUUAUAGAACCUGCAGACGUGACACGCUGUGGAGCAACAGCAGCAUACACACCAGAGAGCAGCUGUAUGCAGAGAAGGAUAUUCCUGGCGCUGAGAACCGCCCCCUGGAGGCAGACCAGGAGUGGUAAACUGCAAGAGCCCUCAGGUAACCAAUACCCCAGGAAAAAGUGAAGAAAAUGUCUGGCAAAGAAGGAGCUCAUAAGAAAUGGGCAACCCUGAAGGAGAAACUAGGACCUCAAGAGUCUGACCAGAGUGAGGCCAACUUGGAGAAUGCGGAUCCCGAGCUCUGUAUCCGUCUCUUACAAAUCCCAUCUGUGGUCAACUAUUCCGGCCUCAAAAAGAGGCUUGAGAGUAGUGACGACAACUGGAUGGUACAAUUCUUAGAGCUCAGUGGCUUGGAUCUUCUACUGGAGGCCUUGGACAGGCUGUCCGGGCGCGGAGUAGCCAGGAUUUCUGACGCUCUCCUCCAGCUCACUUGCAUCAACUGUGUCCGAACAUUAAUGAACUCCCAUAAGGGAAUUGAGUACAUUGUCAACAAUGAAGGUUACGUCAGAAAACUUUCUCAAGCUCUGGACACAUCGAAUGUGAUGGUGAAGAAGCAAGUGUUUGAGUUAAUUGCAGCCCUGUGUAUCUACUCCCCAGAGGGUCAUAUAUUGGCUUUGGAUGCUCUUGAGCACUAUAAGACCGUGAAGAAUCAGCAGUAUCGAUUUAGUGUCAUAAUGAACGAGCUCUCGACAACGGAUAAUGUGCCCUACAUGGUCACGUUACUGAGCGUCAUCAAUGCCGUCAUAUUUGGAACGGAGGAACUGCGGCACCGAGCACAGCUGAGAAAUGAGUUUAUAGGUCUUCAGCUGCUGGACGUGUUAACAAAAUUAAGAGAUCAGGAGGAUGAGGACCUGUUAGUACAAGCGUACGUGUUUGAGGAAGCCAAGUCAGAGGAUGAUGAAGAUCUUCUUAAAAUAUAUGGAGGGAUUGAUAUGAACAAUCACCAGGAGGUUUUCAGUACACUCUUUAAUAAAGUAAGCGCUUCACCAUUAUCGGUCCAGCUGCUUUCCAUUUUGCAGGGUCUUCUGCACUUUGAUAUUUCGCACUCUUCUUGUCCCUUACUCUGGGAGGCCUUGGAAUUCGUGGUGAAUCGAGCUGUAUUGCUUGCAGAUGACUGCAAAAGUAAUACCCUUGAGGAGGUCAUGGAUAGGCUCUUAACAUCCAACAAACACCAAAGCAAGCAGAAGACCAAAGGCAGAAAUGCUGAGAAAGUAAAUAAAAGUAUACAAACAGACAAGCCAAAGGAUGAAUCUUGUAAAGAAGACGCAAUUAGCAAAUCACCAGGUCAUCAGACAAAUGACUUGCUGGAGUCCUCAAUUGCUCAGCCAGUUACAACAGCUGUUGAAGAGCCUUCGCUACCUGUUAAUCUAUCAGGUUCUCCAUUGUCUGUGAUUGGCACACAGUCUACACCAUCACCCCCUCCUCCUCCUCCUCCUCCUCUCCCCUAUUCUGGGUUGUCACCACCGCCUCCUCCCCCACUUCCAGGGAUGGGUGGCUUUCCACCGCCACCACCUCCUCUUCCAAGCAUGGGGGGCUUGCCAACACCACCUCCCCUUCCAGGGAUGGGUGGCUUUCCACCACCGCCUCCUCCUCUUCUAGGAAUGAGUGGCUUUCCACCACCGCCUCCUCCUCUUCCAGGGAUGAGUGGCUUCACACCACCGCCUCCUCCUCUUCCAGGGAUGAGUGGCUUCACACCACCGCCUCCUCCUCUUCCAGGGAUGAGUGGCUUUCCACCACCGCCUCCUCCUCUUCCAGGGAUGAGUGGCUUUCCACCACCGCCUCCUCCUCUUCCAGGGAUGAGUGGCUUUCCACCACCGCCUCCGCCCCUUCCAGGAAUGAGUGGCUUCCCGCCACCACCUCCUCCCCUUCCAGGAAUGGGUGGCUUCCCACCACCACCGCCUCCAUUUCCAGGCAUGGGGGGCACACCACCACCACCUCCUCUUCCUGGUGUGAGACCACCCCCAAGUGGCGUUAAUGAAGAAAUCGUAGUUGCACGUGUGGAUCAUUCUUUGGGUUACGCAAGACAACCUUGCUUCAAAGUUAAUAGGCCAUCAAUGAAAAUGAAAAAACUGAACUGGCAAAAACUGCCCCCUAAUGUUGCCAAAGAUGGCCAGUCUAUGUGGGCGUCUACAACCCCCUGCGAGGAAACUGUAGAACCCAAUUAUUCCAGCAUUGAGCAGCUGUUUUGCCUCCCGCAAGCUGUAGAUAAAGCUAAAGGUUCAACACCAGUAAAGAAGCCACCUAAAGAGAUUUCAUUUUUAGAUGCCAAGAAAAACCUCAACUUAAACAUAUUUUUGAAGCAGUUCAGAUCCCCCAAUGAAGAGAUUAUUGGCCUGAUUGAGAAAGGAGAUCGCUCAAAGUUUGACAUCGAGAUACUGAAACAGUUCCUCAAGCUGCUUCCGGAGAAACAUGAGGUGGAAAAUCUUAAAGCGUUCCAAGAAGAUAAAUCCAAGUUAUCAAAUGCUGACCAAUUUUUUGUGCUGCUCAUAGGUGUUCCCAACUACCAGCUUCGGAUUGAAUGUAUGCUGGCUUGUGAAGAAACUACUCUCAUGCUGGAAAUGCUACAGCCAAAGGCAGAUGUUGUCAGCACCGCGUGUGAUGAUAUCCUUUCCAGCCAUAGGCUUCCACUGUUCUGUCAACUUGUCCUGAAAGUUGGGAACUUUUUGAACUAUGGAAGUCACACAGGAAAUGCCAAUGGCUUCAAAAUAGGCACUUUACUGAAGCUGACGGAGACCAAAGCCAAUCAGACACGUAUAACACUACUGCACCAUAUCCUAGAGGAAAUUGAAGGGAAUCACACCGAUCUUCUUGAGCUUCCAAAUGACCUAGAGAAAGUGGCGGCAGCUGCUGGUGUUAAUAUAGAAAAUAUAUAUAGUGAAACAAGUAGCAAUCAAAGAAGAUUAAAAGACUUGCUAAGUAAAAUUUCCACGUCGACAAAUGAUGUAAAGGAACAGUACGAAAAAUGUGUUCAGGACUGCAUUGACUCGCUGAAGGACCUGGUGCAACAGCUGGAAAAUAUUUCCCAAAAAAAGAAGAAGUUGGCAGAUUAUUUAUGUGAAGAUCCAACAAAGCUGUCGCUAGAAGAUACAUUUGGUACCAUGAAGACGUUCAGGGACCUCUUUCUGAAAGCAAAGAAGGAAAAUAAAGAUAGAAAAGAACAGGCGGUUAAGGCUGAAAAAAGAAAAAAGCAACUUGAGGAAGAUGAAGCAAAAAGACAGAAAGGAGAAAAUGGAAAAAUCAUUCGCAAAGGGGCAGUGAAGUUGGAAGAAGGCUGUAUUAUCGAUUUAUUACUAUCUGAUAUAAAGAAAGGAUUCCAACUACGAAAGACUGCAAAAACCAAAGUGGAAGCUGAUGUGGCUCAAAAGAACUCAGCAAGUGAUUUAAAUGGCAAACCUGCGCAAUCGAAGGAAGAAGACUCAAAGUUGGUUCAUUUAAAUGACUCAUCCACCUUCAACACUGAAGGUAGUUCCAAAUCUUCUCUCACUGUUGAUUCCACUAAAGACAAAAAUGACCUGCCUCAAAGUAAACCAGCAGAUAAUGUGGGUUCGCCUACACCUUCAUGUUGCACUGUCCAAAUUGCAGAAAGUCGUGUUGGAAACAUUGAUGAAAGCCAGGUUCAUACAAUGCCUAGUGUUGAAAAUUCAUUAACUUGUGUCCCCAACAGUUGCAGUGUAGAAAAGGCACAGAGCCGGGAGAUUACUGGUGGUUCUGUCACCCCUAUGAAUGAAAGUCUAACAGUCUGCAAAGAUGAUACACCUUUGCUUUCUCAAGACUUCACACUAAGUGAUGCUGUGGUGCUCCAAGAUCAUACCUGUGAAUCAGAUCAGUCUCAGCCAGAUGAAGUAGACGCCAAACACACAAAUGUUUUGAAAAACAUCAAUACUCAGGAUGAAGAAAAAAAUACAUCUGGUACAGGGCUUCCUCACAAUCUGAGCAAAGGGGCAGCUGACUCUACAGGAAAUCUAGCACAAGAAAGAUCAUUGGCUGAUGGCUCUUCACCAGAUUUGGACAAUGGACUAGUAGAGGUUUCUUCUAAUGAAAAAUCAUUGGUGGUUGAUGUUUUAGCUCAGGAUAAAAUACAGAAUCAAACUUCCUCAGCAGUUCAGACUGAGACUUCUGCUGAAUCCCUGCCAGUACAGCACAAUGAGAGCACUGACGUUUCCCCACCAGUCCAGGACAAUGGGAGCACUGGCCUUUCCCCACCAGUCCAGAAAAAUGGGAGCACUGACGUUUCCCCACCAGUCCAGGACAAUGGGAGCACUGACGUUUCCCCACCAGUCCAGGACAAUGGGAGCACUGACGUUUCCCCACCAGUCCAGGACCAUGGGAGCACUGACGUUUCCCCAUCAGUCCAGGGCAAUGGGAGCACUGACGUUUCCUCACCAGUCCAGGGCAAUGAAUGCUCCGUUUUUCCUCCGGCUCAAAACAAUGAGUUGGUGGAAGUUUCUAAGUCUCCUGGGAACACUGAAUCGCCUGAAGUUACACCAGAAACCAAGACAAAUGUGUUCCGUGAUGAUUCCCUAAUUAAAUCUUCAGAGAGCGAAACUCAUUUACAAACUUCUCAUGAUUCAGCGGUCAGAAGAGGUUCAUCAAAAAACAAAAAGAAAAAAAAGAACUCCAAAAGUGGAGAAGAAAUUGCUGUUGACUCUGGCACUCAUAAAACAAAGAGUUGUGUGGUACAGUGAGGUUUUAGAACAAGGAAGAUGUACAAGCCAUGACAUCCUUGGAAAAACCGCCAUCUCCUUUUCCUCUUUUAGUCCAUUUUCAGCAUAUUGGUUCAUGCUCUUUCCAGUUUUCUUUUUUCAUACUUUUUUCAUGGUAUAUAUAAAUGAUUUCAGACUACUUUUUAACCUCUACAUUCCAGUUCUGGACAUCCCCAUCUGAAUCAAUCCUACGGUUACCUGAAUCAAAGCUGGCUCUUCAGUUCAGGCAGGAGGUGGGCUCCCUGGGAACAGUCUCUGAUUUUCUGUAGCUCAGCAGUGGGCCAGAUUAAGAAGGUAGAAAUUGAAACCCCCUUAAGGCGGAACUAAACACAAACAUACCAUACACUAGUUCACAGGUUCUCAAACUCGGUCCUCAGGACCCCACACAGUGCAUGUUUUGCAGGUCUCCUCACAAAAGUGCAAGUAAAAUAAUUAGCUCCACCUGUGGACCUUUUAAAACUUGUCAGUGAAUAAUUAAUACACCUGUGCACCUGCUGGGUUACCUGCAAAACAUGCACUGUGUGGGGUCUUGAGGACCGAGUUUGAGAACCUGUGCACUAGUUUAAAGCUCUGAACUUUUUUCAAAGCCUAUGAAAUGGAUAGUCUACAAACUAAUGUAAGCAAAUUGACCUGUAUGACACUAUGCUGUCCAACAACUCAAACCUUCCUGUAGUCUGGGGCGAUAAUACUCUGUAAAAUACAAUGCAGCCUUCCCCUUCCCACACUGACUAGUCUUUAUUUUUCAUCUUGCUUUUAUAUCACAGGUGCAUCAUGUUAACUUCAUUUGCAUUAACUGGUUGUGACUUGGAUGCUUUCAAUGAAUCAGGCACAGCCUGCGUCCAUCAUCCGUUUUAGUAACCGCUAUCACAUUAGAAUUAAACUUAAGCUAUGUUAACUGGUUUAAAGCUCACAGCUCCUUCGCUUUUUAAAGGUGAAACAGUCACCAAGCACACUUGCUGCAAAACACACAGGAAAACAGCUGACACAAGUUGGAUUAACACUGUGGUGCAUUGGAAGAUGUGGUCAAAAAUGAAAUAGUCAAAAGACAUUGAUCCACUGCUAUAUCUGGGGUGCAUGUGGUAUGUGACCACAUUGUCUAAAUAAAAAUCACAGAGGCUCUGCACUCCCUAUAAUUACUCACCAUAAUAAACAAUAGGGUUUUAGUUCAUAUAUUGGUCAAUACAUUUAAGCUUGUUGCCCAUACUUGCCUACCUGACCCUCUCCAUGAGGUAGAAAAUGCUCUGUUCCUGGAC